CUGCAAACUUUUGUUUGCAAAGGAAAGUUUAUAGCUGUCAGUCUGUCGGGAGGAGACUGAUGGAGGGGGGGAUGUGAAAUGGUAGGCUACAACUGCAUGAAAUCAAAGCGAGACAACGAAAAAUAUCAAACCAUCUCCAUGGACGGAUAUGGACUACCCUCGAAAACGGAGACAUCUGAUAGAACCGUGUAGCCUAUUUGUGAACCGUAGCAAUACGCAACCAAAAAUAAUUCAUAGUUCAGUUAAGGCACGCUUGGUCGUAAUGUGAUGUUGUUCAGAUGUAGCUGACGGUUCGACAUGACUAUCUACUUGAACACCGGGCUUGGACUAGUUUUUUCUCUCAUUCACCUUUUUGUCGCACUUGGUCUUCUUUCUGUCGUGGAAAACACCAAGAUCCACAAAUCAGGGAGUUUUCCCCAGAAGCCUCCAGAAUAUGAAGUUGUUAACCCUACAAGAGUGGACGCCAAAGGUCACUUCCUGUCCAACUUCCUGCCCCACCAUGGGAGCCGCAUCCAGCGACGACAUGUCCUGGAGAAGACGAGGAGCCCAGAGCGGGUCUUCUACCACUUGUUGCACAGAGGCAAUAGUUUGCACUUUAACCUCAGCCUCAACUCCCACUUCUUGGCCACUGGCUUUUUAACAGAGAGGAGGUACGGUGGCCUGGAUGGGGCUAAGCUUCAAAGACACACCCCCUCUCUGUGCCACUUCUUAGGGGAGGUGUGGGACGAGUCCACUGGUAAAGGAAAAGCUGCUAUAAGUACCUGUGAUGGACUGACAGGGCUGUUCACGGUCUCUGAAGAGGAGUUCUUCAUCCAGCCAGUGGAACGGACCUCCAGUGUUUCCGAGGAACCGCAGGCUCAUCUGAUCUCCAAGCGCCACAGCCCCUUGAACCAGAGCCCCGCGGAGCGGCCCGUCUCAGGGACACGGCAGGCUGACAGCAACAGCACCUGUGGCGUCCAAGAUCCUCACGGAGGUCUUGAGGAAACGGAAGGGCAGCGGCGGCGCUGGGAGACCCGGCGCAGCGCCCGCAGAGGGAGGAGGGUUCGCCAGCGCUCGGUCACCACCGAGAAAUGGGUGGAGACGCUGGUAGUGGCUGACCCCAAGAUGGUGGAGUACCACGGGAGCCAGGGAGUGGAGAGCUAUGUGCUCGCCGUCAUGAAUAUUGUUUCCGGACUUUUCCGCGAUGCCAGCAUCGGAAACGCCAUCCAUAUUGUGGUUGUUCGUCUCAUCCUACUGGAGGAGGAGGAGGAGGAGCUUAAGAUCACGCACCAUGCUGACAGCAGCUUGAGCAGCUUCUGCAAGUGGCAGAAAGGACUGAACAUGAAAGGAGACGACCACCCGCUCCACCAUGACGUCGCUGUGCUUCUCACAAGGAAGGAUAUCUGUACAUCCAUCAACAAGCCCUGUGAGACGCUGGGUCUGUCGCAUGUGGCAGGCAUGUGUCAGCCCCACCGCAGCUGCAGCAUCAACGAGGACACUGGGCUCCCUCUCGCAUUCACCGUCGCCCACGAGCUGGGUCACAACUUUGGGAUUCAACAUGAUGGCAACAGCAACGACUGCGAGCCCAUCGGGAAGAAGCCGUUCAUCAUGUCUCCCCAGCUGCUGUACGGCACCUUGCGGCCCAGCUGGUCCCGCUGCAGUCGCCAGUACAUCACCCGGUUCCUGGAUCGCGGCUGGGGCUGGUGCCUGGACGACCCACCACUCAGGAACGAGUUGUCUCAGACUCCCAUGCCCCCGGGGUUGCUGUACAGCGCUGCGCACCAGUGUCGCCUGCAGUACGGACCUCAAUCUCUGCUUUGCGAUGAUGUAGACAAUGUGUGCAGUACAUUAUGGUGUACUGUAGGGAGUACAUGUCAUUCUAAAAUGGACGGUGCUGUGGAUGGAACCAACUGCGGCGAGGGCAAGUGGUGCUUCAGGGGUGAAUGUAUACCAGCCGGCCACAGACCUGAGGGUGUGAACGGAGGCUGGUCGUCGUGGAGCGGGUGGACGGCUUGUUCCCGGACCUGUGGGGUAGGGGUGCUGAGUGCCCACCGGGACUGUGAUAACCCAGUGCCAAAGUAUGGAGGUAGGUACUGUCUUGGUGAGCGGAGGAGGUACAGGACCUGUAACAAGACGCCGUGCUUCAGCGAACUACCCAGCUUCAGGGACCUCCAGUGUGGGCACUUUAACACCAUGGCAUACAAGGGCAACUUCCACAAGUGGGUGGCGGUAAACAACAGAGACUAUGCAUGCGAACUGCACUGCCGUCCACUGAAUGAGCAUUUCUCUGAGAAAAUGCUGGAUGCUGUAGCUGAUGGGACGCGGUGCUCCGAAACCAACACUAGUCGAGACAUGUGCAUCAAUGGUGUUUGUAAGAACGUGGGAUGUGACUUUGUCAUUGAUUCUAAUGCGUUGGAGGACCGAUGUGGCGUGUGCCAGGGGGACGGAUCGACCUGCAAAACAGUGACCAAAACUUUUGAGAAGAGCGAAGGCCUGGGCUAUGUAGACAUCGGGCUGAUCCCAGAGGGAGCACGGGACAUCAGAGUGGAGGAGAUGGCUGCGGCGGGGAAUUUCUUGGCUCUUCGGAGCGACAAACCCGACACGUACUUCCUCAACGGUGGCUGGACCAUCCAGUGGAAUGGAGAAUACAAGGCGGCAGGAACCGUGUUCACGUACGAAAGAACCGGUCACCUGGAGAACCUGACCUCCCCUGGUCCCACAAAGGAGCCACUUUGGAUCCAGCUGCUGUUCCAGGAGACCAACCCGGGGGUGCGCUACGAGUACACAAUCAGACAGGAGUACUCGGAGGACAACACCACUGUCAUGUCCGACUUCUUCUGGAAAUUUGGGUCAUGGACUGAGUGCAGUGCUUCUUGUGGGGCCGGUGUCCAGCGGCAGAUCGUCCAUUGUGUGGAGAGGACCUCAGGGAUAGUGGAGGAGCACUUCUGUGACGCCAUCAUCCGGCCGGAUGAUGAACAGACCAUAUGCCAAAAAGAACAGUGCCCCCCUACCUGGUGGGCGGGGGAGUGGCAGAAGUGUUCGUCAAGCUGCGGGCUGUCAGGCUUGACUAAACGCACAGUGCUCUGCAUCCAAGCAGUGGAUUUGGAGGAACGCCAAGCGUUGCAGCACACUGAGUGCAAACACAUGGCAAAGCCUGAGUCUGUCACCUCCUGCAACACACACGUCCCCUGCCCGGCAGACUGGAUCUCAGGCAGCUGGGCAGACUGUUCGCUGACGUGUGGCACAGGCGUGCACCAGCGUAACGUGACCUGUUCCUGGAACACGGGUGUGGCCUGUGAUUCACACAGGAGACCCCCCGUCACCUCUUCCUGCCAUGUUCGGGACUGUCAAGUCGUUGCCGACAACUUUGGGAGAGAAGACGACUGGUCCGGGAGUGGAUGGACAAGCAAUCAGGGGGUAAACGAGAUCAACUCCAUACCUGAAGUUGGUCAUAGUGCACCAAAGCAAACACCCAGCACCCGAGCUCAGCCCAGGGCCCACAAUGAGCUGGACAACGUGAUCGAGGCAGAGUUCCCGCCACGCCAUCACGUUGAUAAGGGCAACCAACCCAUCGAGAAAAACGUAAAAGUUGACGAUUUCUACUAUGACUAUAAUUUUAUUAAUUUCCACGAAGACCUGGCGUAUGACGUUGUUGACACUGAGAACAGUGUAACGGAGGAGCAGGAGAGUUUACCCAUUCAGCAAGAACACGUGCCGGAACCCACAACAGAGGAAAACAUUGCAAGGAGGCAACCGGCAACAACUACCUCAGCCGCUACUAUUGAAACAACACAGGGUCACACGGGAAACAUUAAAGAGAAGCAAAGCGACACGCCUGAAAAGAUUUCACUAGAUCUGGAAAACAUAGUCUUUCCCGAGGAUGACUACUUCUUGCCAGUCUCUACGAUGACUGCAAGGCCGCCAGUGCCGCUAUCUCCAACCAGGCAUCCACAUUCACCGAAAGAGUGGCAAGUAAGGCGAGGCAGUCCCGAAGAUCCGAGCACCUUACCUGGAUUCGACGUGAACAAGCAGGAACCUGCACAGUCAGAGACACCGCAAGAGGAAUUUAUACAUUCAAAAGGGGGUCUUAAUGCGGAGGAGGAUGGGAACACGCCCGGGACGUUGAAACCUGUAACUGCCACUCAAGGUUAUACGGAUGGGUCCCUGGCCAGUGCUGAGGAGAUUGAGGAUGCUGAUUAUUUUGAACAUCAAUCCUCUGACGAAACUACCAUUGAUGACUCACAGGUUGCGAAUGAUAACACGGAGCCACCGUUACCUUCAACCUCUGAAGAAAUUGCUGUUCGAUUUCAAACGGAAAGCGCACCAGCUUCUCCAGAGGGACCAGAUAAGGGCGCGGCAGAAAUCCCCACAGCUGCUAGUCGCUGGUUUGAUUUGUCAGCAACUUUCCCGACUGCCGUUAUGUCGCAGUAUACAGACUAUGAUAAACGUCUGCGGGAGUCAAACUCCACUGGCCAGGCAAAUCCCAGGCUCACCAACUGUUCCUUUAAGGUCACUGCGUACCCUUCCUCUCAGGAGUCUGUUACGGCUCAUUCAAUCUCAGGACACCAGGAGACCUCUGCCGACACCUUACCAGUUAUUGAAACGCCCUUACCACCAAAUGGAGGCCCUCUGCUUCCGGCACUGUCCAAGCUAACACAUUCUACCUGGCCAGGGUCCACAGAGGAACUGCCAACCCGGCCCACACUGAUUGAAAGAACCGCGCCAGACGGGAGCCCUCUUCGUACCCACCUUGAACCGUCCUCCUCAUACGGCGACGACAAUGAGAUGAAUGUACCUCUGGAGAUACCGAGGGGCAAAAGUGAAACCCAACCUCCAGAGAUCACCCCAGCCACCUCUGUUUCACUCACCCAGGCAGAAACAAUGACCCUGCCGUCCCAAGGACCUGCUGGGUCCGCUCUGUCCGACCUUUCCUCAGGGUCCGUUCCGGGGCCAACAAAGCUCCCAAUUCCGGCCUCCAACCAGGCCACCGCAGCUGCCUACUGGGUCGUCGGCAACUGGAGCUCAUGCUCCACCAGCUGUGGCCUUGGGGCUAUCUGGAGACGACUGGCCUGCAGCACGGGUAUAGACUUGGAUUGUGACCCAGCCAAGAGGCCGGCGCCCGCCAGGCGUUGCUACCUGCGCCCCUGCUCUGCCUGGAGGACAGGGGAAUGGAGCAAGUGCUCUGCGAGCUGUGGAGGAGGCGUGACCCUCCGAGAGGUCCAGUGUUUCGACAUGCGCGACCCCAGGCCUCUCCGGCCAUUCCACUGCCAGGCCAUCUCCCAAAGGCCCCGCACACACAUGCCCUGUAAUGUGCAGCCAUGCCUGGAGUGGUACACCUCAUCCUGGGGCCAGUGCUCAGAGGUCUGUGGUGGGGGGGAACAGCAGCGCAUGGUGACGUGUCCAGAGGAGGGGCAGUGUGACCAGGACCUGAAGCUUGCUCACAUCCAGUCCUGCAACAGCCAGCCUUGUGCACAGUGGCUGACUGGAUCCUGGGGACAGUGCUCUUUGCUAUGUGGGGGUGGAGUGCAGCAUCGCCUCAUCAAGUGCGUUGACACAAGGGCAGAGAUGGAGGACGAAAUGGACCAGGCACAGUGUGAGCCUCAGCCCAUGCCCCAAAGCACCAAGAAGUGUAACUUGCACGAGUGCGAGAGUGCCUCUUCUGGUGUAGUCUGUCUUGGCGAUCAGCUGACCUUCCGUUUCUGCCAGACUCUGCAUUGGCUGGGCCGUUGUCGCCUGCCAACUGUACAGGCACAAUGCUGCAGGACCUGUGGCCAGCGUUCCCGUGGCCAAGGCCGCACGUCUCACCGUUGAGGCAAGAUGUUAAAGCACGUGGACUAGGGUCUCCCGGAGCACCAAGCUGAAUUCCACAGACUCCAUCUGUUCUCUGACCCCCAGACCUCUCGAGGCUUCGUCUACAGCCUCAUGCAUUAGGCAUGAAGUUGUUCAGGCACACGUGAUAGGUGUGCAAUUACUGUGUACCAUGUUUACUCCGUGGCUUUUUGUGAGUCCUGUUUAAGAAUAGUAGUGUAUGGUCGCCUCGAAGGGCCCAAUCAGGUGCUUUCUGUACCAAUGCUUAACAGUGGAAUAACAAGCUGUGGAGACAGAUUACAUAAAAACGACAUGAAUGCAGUUGUUUGUGUAUUUCGCAGCAUUGACGUUUGAAAGGUUUGCUCUCUGGGUAUUUCAAAUAAUUAUAUUUGACUCUAUUUUCUGCAUUACAGCAUUGGAACUAAUGUAGCCAUCUCAUUAUUGCAGUGAGCAGUUGGAGUAAGCAACUCAACCUGGGUUAUUCAGCAAAGUGGUUCUACACAAUAUGUGGUACAGGUCUUACGGCACAGCCCACAGAUGUCUCUAAUGUAUUUUCGAAGCCUUCAAGAAGCGGCUCCAUAUGUUUGACUUAAUGACUUAUAGGUUUUUUUCUUUGCAUGGUUUUCCUAAAUGGAAAUGGAAAAAUGGUGCUGCAUAAUACCAUUUUGGUGCUAAAGAGUACUAAGCCUUGGUUUGGCCUUUCAUCUACUUGAAUAUUUUUGUCUUUUACUAUUCAAUUGUUACUAACUGUCCAACCUUAAUAGGAUAUUGAUUAUUCGGAAGCAAUUACAAAAUAAAUAUAAGAAUAACAAUACAAUAUCAAAACGCUGUCACUAUCCAAAAUAUGCGUUAUGUUCUCAGUUUUUACAAAAGCCUCAAAUCAAAUUGCCGACUCAAUCAACACGUUUAAUUUAGUCAUUUUACUUUUUAUUUAUGGAGCUCUUUAAAACGAGGUAAUUACAAUCAGCACAAUUUUUUUGUUUCAUGUCCAUCAAAUAAUCAUCAUUCAUUCAUAACAAUCAUUGGGUAACCUUGGUUCCCACCAAUAACCCACUUAAUUGUGAAUAACUACAGGUAAAUUAUCAUUUAUUAUAUUGAGUAAUUUAAUUGUGUUGUUGAUUUGUGUUACUGAGUUAUUAAUAUUUAACAACUUAGAAACAACUGGAGAUUGAUAUUUAAUAGCAACAUGAUAAUUUAACAUGUUGACAUUCAUCUAAAUGGGUCAAUUAUGCAUGUGGUUGCCAGUGGUUAAUUCACACUUAAUAUUAAUCUGCUUCUAUGAUGACAAGAGCACAAAAAAAAACAGCAUCAAUAACCUUAGAGUUCAAUAUCUGCCUAUUUGAGGAUUGGAACCCGAAUGAUUUUUUUUUUGUAUGCAGCUGCAUUUGUUGUGACCUUGAAGCCACUAGGGAAAAGGAUAAAGUUUGUAGAAAAUACACUACAAAUCUGACACACUUUUACAUUUGGUAAAAAUAUAGACAAUCAGUAGUUUAGUAUUAUGAAAACAUUUUUUUUAACAGAUAAUGCAAAAUCUUUUCUCAGGUAUUUGGACAAAAAACACACUUUUUUGUGGUUAUUUUAUGUCAUGCCUAAUAUGGAGAGUGAGGCCUUUUGCCAUAUACUUGCCACAGAUCUUUUAUAAACACAUUAAAGGGUUCUCUCUGCACAAAUUUACAGUUCUCAAAACUGUCUUGAAAAACUCAAAAUAAAUCACCUUUAGUGGAUCUAACUAACUUUAUUUUUUCCUUAAAAAUUCCAUGGCAUGCUAUUUUAUGAAUGCUUUUAUAUAGCUAUUAGUGGGCCCCUAAUACAGUACUUGAAGACAUUCAAGAAUUUCAGCCUUGGUGCAAAAUUACAGCCUCUACGAGCCAGUCCCACAUUGAGCUUUCCUUCAAACGUACCGUUUUUUAGAGGCGGGUCAAGGAGGAGGGUGGGGGUGUGGCCCUGUGCAGCUUGUGGCCACGGUACCAUGCGCUCUGUUUACAGUGGAUGGAUCGCAAUGGCGAGGCGCACACAGCUUUUGGCCUUAUGUAAAUAUUCUUGAACACUCUGGGUGCUCCGGCAGGUGUCCUGGAGCUCUAUAUCUAAAUAAUAUCAUUUUAUACAUAGAUAUCUAUAUCAUAGAAUAUAUAUUAUCAUCGCGGCCAAAAGCUGUGUGCGCCUCCAGACGAUAUUAUGAAUCGCAAACGACUGGGUCUGGUUCUUCCCCAUCAAUCUGAAGUACAGACUGAACCGCGACGUGGAGGAGAAAGGGAUUGUUGCCGUGUGUGGACUCCCGGUACUUCCACAACGAGGCUCGUAGUGGGGGUUAUCUCGGCCAUUGUUGAGAAGGAAUGGGGGGAAAGGAACGUUGGCUUUGACUCCCUGAAGUCCACAUUGAACCGCAACAUGGACGAGAAAGGGAUAGUUGCCCGGAUUGUCUCCCGCCGGGGCUCCUCUGCAGGGGCUCCUCUGCAGAGGCCCCUCCGUCGGGGCCCCUCUGUCUGGGCCCCUUCGCUGGAGUACCGGCGGAUAUCAUAUUACGUAGUUAUACUACAUUCUGGUGUGACACUGGGUUUAAGGGACGUGUUUAGUUUGAGUUUGUGAGGGGAUCUGCUGCAAAGAUCUGAUCAUUCUGAUUAUUGUUUUGACGAAUCCACUACUACUGCAUUGUGCAGCCCGCCCCCCCCGUCUUAAGUCGAAAGAAAUCUCCAGAUUGAAAUGCAUUGGUUUAAUAUUGAAUUAGUUAGAUAUUGGAAUAUCUAUUAUAUAUGUAUGGGAUAUUGCCCGACGAGGUGUCCAUUAUCAGGAAUUAUGGACGCCGCGGAGGCGUGAACCGUCCGACGCGCAGCGCGAAGUCCAUUAAUUCCUGAUAAUGGACACCUCGAAGGGCAUUACCCCCUUAUACCACGGUCACUUGCCAAAGAAAAUAAAUUAAGACCACAAUACAAUCCAAAUAUAACGUUUUUCACAAGCCAUAACUUUGUUUCCCUGGCAACGCCUGAGGGUUUGACUAAUUCCUGCAACAACCAUUACCCUCACGUAAGGAUCAUAUGCAACUGAUCGUGGUUCACUACUCCACUAAUUAGGACGGACAUUAGCUACGACUUGGCAACGGGAGGUAUUCUAGUCCGUCGGCUUUGACUGCGUUCUUGUUGCUACGGUUAGUCAUUUUUGAGACGGGCUGAUACGAUACGCCAGCUCGCACAUUAAUUGAGAACGGUGAACAGACAAUUUGACUGGAACUACUUAGCAGGUGUCCGUAUAUCAGGAGUUAAUGCACACCCUGCAGCCAAUCAGAAUCGAGCAUUCCUCCAUACCGUGGUAUAAAUAUUUAUAUAAAUAUAAAAUUAUUUAGUUAUAAUAUAAGUAGAACAUGUAGCCUUUAUAAAAUCGCUACAACAAGAUCUGUGUCUCACCAUUGACAAUGGAGGAAGGCAUUGUUGCCGAGGUGUCACCGCCUCGGCAGAGGGCAGUGAGGCUCCGGCGGGAGACAAUCGCGGGCAACAAACCCUUUCUCCUCCAUGUCGCGGUUCAUGUAGGUUACUUCAGGGAGACAAAGCCAAAGUUCCUUUCCCCCAAUUCCUUCUCAACCAUGGCUGAGAUAACCCCCACUACGAGUCUCGUUGUGGAAAUACAAGAUACGUCACUGAACCCGACAUGUUAUGCUCCAACAGCAGAACAGUAAUCCAUAUAACAAAGAAGUGUUGCAUUACAGUGUUCCCCCACGCACACACACAUGUGGCGCUCGCACGGUCGUAGCUCAUUGUCUCAUUGGCAGGCCAAAUUCUCUGGGCGGCCAAAGCAGAGAAAGGGGAGUUAACAUGUCCCCGGAUAACGACAUUCAGGGAAAUGUCCAAAUCGGCGGGAGCAGGAUACCUAGUGCUCGUUUUACACCUAACGCCAUUUCUAUACUGGGGAACCAUAGGCAGGCUAGGGGAACUCAUAUUAAUGUUAGAGAACCUCAUAAAGUGAAAUGUUAAUGCCAUGGGACCUUUAAGUAGAAAUAGUCCUAAUGAGCUUCCAGAUUUUGUACAGGUUCAUCUUAAUUCACAGUUGUGGUGAUUCUACCAAAGUAAACAAUAGAGAACAUUACAAAGCAGAUUCACAUUCACUCAACCUGAAUUUGCCUGUAACCUAUAGCCUCUUCAAAUGUUUUUUUCGUUUUCUCUAUUGUACUUUUUCUAAUAGAAGCUAGUCAUUUGGCUUGCACUGAGGUGUAAAGACAAUGUAAAAGGCUUGUACAGUGCUUAUUAACAGGUGAAGUAUACUGUGAGACAAAAGGCUUACCGUGUGGUAAGCCAUGCAGUAAUGGGUGACGUUAAUGUUUCUUUAUCAGUUAUGUUUAAUUUUUUUUUCAGCAUUGCACUAGCCAUGUUUAUACAACUCUUAAUAAAGCAAAAUGAAAUGUUUGGUAAUAAAGCAUGGAAUAAUUUCAAUGUUUUAUUAAAACGACAAUCAUAUGCAUAUUAUUAUA